AUGAAUAUGACGAGGCAAAUUGUGCUCCGUCGGCGAUGCCCUCUGUGGAUCGCUGGCAGCUGUUGCAGGAGAACCGAGAUUAUUCCUCCUCCAGAGGUAGCGGCCGAAAGUCAGCUUGGCGUAGGGCUAUGCCGCAAGGCUUUGAGGCUGAAGCGCUGUUGUAGAUUGAUAAAGAAUGGGUUACUGCCGCCACGAAAGUGCGGUUGCGAUGAUAAGGAGCUUCAAAUUCUCACCAUGUCCGGCCUGAUGGUGAUGGUGAAUGCACUGGAAUUGGACAAUAAUGUCGCUGAAUUAGAGAAGGAAAUGUGGGAGAAAUUUUAUGGUGCUGGUUUCUGGAGAAGUUCAUCUCAAAGAAGUGAAACGUAA